AUGCACAGCAGAUGCAGCGGUGCGAAACAAGAAGCGGCACUACGUGCCGUGCUCCUCAAGCUGGGCAUCCAGAACGAAGCGCUGACAGGAAGUUCCUGCCGAUGGCCAGGUGUUGAGUGCCGAUUCCGUUUCUGUGAUGUCGAGGUACUUCGAAUGUCUGGCAUUAUCCAGGGCACAGGCUCAAUUCCCGAAGAGCUUGGCCAGCUGCCCUACCUUUGCCGGCUGGACCUUCGAGGAUUCCAGGUUCAAGGUAAUCUGGCAGCUUUGGCCCGGUGCAAGCGCUUGGUGGAACUCCGGCUGGAUGGUGGAACCUUUGAGAAGGCGCCUGUUGGCCGCCUGCAGACAAUUGUCCUCUCUGGAACUGGCUUAGACCUCGCCGAGCUCCGUGUAGCCAGGCAGCUGAGGGACCUAACUGUGUACCAGGCCGGCACGGUGCGUGGAAACAUCAGCGACUUGAAGCGGUCCACCAGACUGCUGUUUCUGAGCCUGCCUGGCGCCCAUCAAGUCAAGGGUGAUCUCGGCGACUUCCAGGGCAUGCCCCGUCUGAGAAAGUUGUGUUUGCAAAGGGCACAGGCGCGCCACACAUACCUGGGAGGGAGUUCAGGGUGCUCGCAACACAUGCUGUCAGAAGCCUGCUAA